CUUAAGCUUUACAGCAAUGAUAAUUAAAAUAGCAAAAAUAAUAAGUUGUUCAUCGGAUCAUCCACUUUAUCCAUCUUCUAAUUUAUUAGAACAUCCUCCAAAAUCAUCGUGGCGUUGUGCCAAACCAAAUGAGCUCAUAGCAACAGUUAUUUUUCAAUUAGCCGAAGCUUCUUGUAUAACUGGACUGGAAAUAGGAAAUUACCAUUCAUGUUUUAUAAUUGUCGAAGCUUCUACUUUUGAAAAGCCUGAUACAUGGAUUCCUAUCGUAAAUCACCAAUUUCUAUCUCAUGAUGAAGUAGCAAAUAGCAAGUUCAGAGAUCAAGUUCAGAUAUUUACUAAACGAGAACUCAAUCCAGAAACAAUUAAUAUUAAAUUUGACCGAGUCAAGGUUACUUGUAUGCAAUCGGCUAAUCCAAGAGAAAUUUUCGGUUUAAAUUUUAUAAUUUUAAAAACAGAAGUUGUUGUAGAUUUAGGUUUAGAUAUAUUCGGACGUUUUAAAUUAAAGGAACAAAAUGAUGAAGGAAUGGAAGAAUUUAAGGAGAAAUAUCUAAAACUUUUUGUAAAUAGAGCAAAUUAUAAAGAUAAAUUAAAAGAAAAAAUCAUUGAAUCUGGCGUAAGUAAGUUUGUGAACAAACAAGAAACUCCUAAUUAUAGGGAUACACCAAUUUUGGACAGAAAAGAAUCGAAUACAAAAUUAGAUGAAUCAAAAUCAGGUAUUGUACAAUCGAAUACCAAAGUACACAAUGAUGAAAAAGGUUCUUCGGUAAUAAAAAAAAAUGAAAAUUCCCCUGUUGUUCGAACAUUAUUUGGGGAUAUUGUACCAAGCCCUAAACGUAAAAAAAAAUUAGACAAAUGCAAAAUUAAUGAAGAUUUCAAUCAAAACUCUGAAAGCCUGUAUGAUAUGCCACAAUGUUCUACUUCACGUGAUGACAAAGUUAAUAAAAAAGAUGAUUGUUCUCUAUGUCGUUUAAAAACAGAUGAAUUAUGUAACACAUGCAAUUUAGUAAUUAAACCGCAAGUAUUAGUUGAUAUAAAACAACAAUCUGUAAAAAUCAAUAAAUAUACAAAACCGUUUGGCAAACUUUUUGAUGGUAUUUCAUUUUCUCUUAGUGGAUAUGUUAAUCCACAAAGAGACGAAAUCAGAAGAAAAGCUUUAAAAAUGGGAGCAAAAUAUAUUGUUGAUCCAAAUUUAACCAAUAACAAAUGUACCCAUCUAAUUUGUCGUUUUAAAAAAACGCCAAAAUCUGAAUACUUGAAAGGCCAUUGUAAAAUUGUGGAUCAUAAAUUCAUCGAAGAUUGUUUUAAUAAAAGAAAAAGAAUUCCUUGGAGGCGAUAUGCAUUGGAUAGCGAUGAACAAAAUCAACCAGAAAGUGAAGAAGAAAUUAUGGAAAGUAGUUCUCCGAGUAGCACAUCAAAUGUUUAUGAGCAAGAUACCGAUUCUGAAAUGAUUGAAUAACAAAAAUAACAUUACACUUUUGUGUAUUAAAAAAAAUUGAUUUAGU